GAGCGCGGACGGCCCGGAGGCGGCGGCUCUGAGCUGGCAGGCGGAGGGUUGUCUCCCGCGCCCGCCUGCCGGGCUCGGUCCGAGGAUGCGGGGGGGCGAUGCCCGGGGCCAGGGACGCGCUCUGUCACCAGGCGCUGCAGCUGCUGGCCGAGCUCUGUGCCCGCGGGGCCCUGGAGCACGACAGCUGCCAAGAUUUCAUCUACCACCUGCGGGACCGCGCCAGACCCCGGCUCCGCGACCCAGAUAUCUCAGUGAGCCUGCUGACCCUUGUGGUUACUGCCUGUGGCCUCGCCCUCUUUGGCGUGUCUCUCUUCGUGUCUUGGAAACUCUGCUGGGUUCCGUGGCGAGAACGAGGCCUGUUCUCUGGUAGCAAAGACAACAAUCAGGAGCCUCUUAACUACAUGGACACAGAGACCAACGAGCAGGAGACCAGUGAGGGCUUCCUAGACCCUCCCACCCCUUGUCCAGACUCCUCCAUGAAGAUCAGCCACACCUCCCCUGACAUUCCCCUCUCGACCCAGACAGGGGACCAGGAGAACUGUGCCCAUGGCGUCCGUGUACAGCGCCAAGUCACAGAGCCAACCUCAUCAGCUCGGCAUAAUUCAAUCCGAAGACAACUCAACCUGUCAAACCCGGACUUCAAUAUCCAACAGCUUCAAAAACAGGAACAGUUGACUGGAAUUGGUCGAAUUAAACCGGAGUUAUAUAAGCAGAGGUCAUUGGAUAAUGAGGAAGGGAAAAGGAGUAACAGCAAAGCCUGUGGGAAGCUGAACUUCAUUUUAAAAUAUGACUGUGACUUAGAGCAACUCAUAGUGAAGAUUCACAAAGCUGUCAAUUUGCCCGCCAAGGACUUUUCUGGGACUUCAGAUCCUUAUGUCAAGAUCUAUUUGCUUCCCGAUCGGAAAACAAAACACCAGACUAAAGUUCACAGAAAGACCCUGAACCCUGUGUUUGAUGAAGUGUUUUUGUUUCCGGUUCCCUACAAUGACCUUGUAGCCCGGAAGCUUCACUUCUCUGUCUAUGACUUUGACAGGUUCUCUCGCCAUGACUUAAUCGGCCAAGUGGUGGUGGAUCACUUCUUAGACUUGGCUGAUUUCCCCAGGGAGUGCAUCCUUUGGAAGGAUAUCGAAUACGUCACCAAUGACAACGUGGAUCUUGGAGAGCUGAUGUUUUCCCUCUGCUAUCUUCCCACGGCUGGCAGGCUGACCAUUACCAUUAUAAAAGCAAGGAAUUUAAAGGCAAUGGACAUAACAGGAGCAUCAGAUCCCUACGUGAAAGUCUCAUUGAUGUGUGAUGGCAGACGAUUGAAGAAGAGGAAAACAUCCACCAAGAGGAACACUCUGAAUCCUGUUUACAACGAAGCCAUAGUCUUUGACGUCCCUCCCGAGAAUAUUGACCAAAUCUACUUGUCCAUAGCGGUCAUGGACUACGACCGUGUAGGUCACAAUGAGAUCAUCGGCGUGUGUCAAGUAGGCAACGAAGCUGAGAGGCUGGGCAGAGACCACUGGAGUGAAAUGUUGUCAUAUCCGCGCAAGCCCAUUGCACACUGGCAUUCCCUGGUGGAGAAACGAUGACUAUGGGUAAGAGGACCACUUAUGCCGAGAACACAGUAGGACAACCAUCUUACAAAGAUCUUCAGUAACUUUUCCCAUCCAACAACAUCUAGACGACGCCAGUGACCAAAUAUUCAGCUGUAACCACAGCAAUAACUGGCCCUCUUUCCAGAUUGGGUUUGCUGAACGUGAACAGUCCAGCCAUCUUCAGGUGGCCUAAGGUGGUAUGCUGUAGGGGAAGCACAUCUCUUCUGGCCAAGAAUUGAGAUUGGACUAUGGAAGAAACCACCUGAUACAGUGAGAGUACUCAGAGUACCUAAAGGACUCUUAAUGAUUAACAUAAGGCCCUUGGUGAUGGGGUCUUAGCAGCUGCCCUGGCAAUGUCACUCUGACAUGAUGUUAUUUGCUUGAAGGCCCUGGAAGGACAGAAUAUUUUAAAAUCUAUCCAGGUGCUAAAUAGGCAGCAGAUCUAAUUCACACUGGAAUACCACUGAGCUAAUAGUUGUCUCCAGAAAAUAAUUUCACCCAAGAAGUACUCCAGCUUUGCAAGGAAUAGCUCCAGGAGAGUAAUAGGAUAAUAAGCAAGCUGUUACCCUGGAGAAAAUUGAGUACAAAGAGGUCUAGUUCACAGCAAAUUCGCUGCCUACUCCCAUGUACAUGGCAGUGAGUACCAGUUGAUCAUGGCCUUCUCUUCUGCUAAACCCAGAUGUGAGGAGUCAGAAUCCCCAACACUGUUUUCAAGAUGGCCAGUAGCCACUGCCUUUCAACUGGUGUUGGCAAUGAGAAUGAAAGUUCAUUGUCAUCCCUGUUAGAGAGGCAUACAUCUCAAUGGCAUAGGCGUUCUGGAAUACCCUUUCCCAGGUACAUUUGUCCACUGAGGGAACAACCUCAGAAACAGAAGUACCAUUGAGUGAGCUGAGUUCUUGGAGAGAUGAUACGGCUGGCCCCUGAUUGAAGGCACAACUUUUGGGCCUUCUUGGCCUGAGUGCCUUCUGGGGAAUUUCCAUAUGCAACAGCCCAGAGGCAUAGCCUUGGGCAGCCACCGACAGGUUUCCUUUCACUUCCGGACACAUGCAUCACUUUCACCGCACUUGGGGAAUGGAAAGUGAAGGUCAAGGGCUCUCCCCAGGUAUCACAUUCAUUACUCAGCUUCCUUUGUGACCACAUCAGCCAACCCACUGCCAGCUGUGUUCUUUAUCCUCAUUGCUUCUGCCUCCAUACAAAUGAAACUAAAGGCCUCAGCAUGCCCUGGGGGUGGUGUUGUUACCUCAUGGUCCUCUCUCUCCCAUUAUAGGUGUCCCGUCCAUACAUUUGCACCAUUUCUCCAAGACAGCAUUUCCCUUUCAUACAAUCUCUUUGCAGCAGAAUCCAGAGUUGGACUGUAGUUUACCAUCCUGGGAAGCUCAUUUAUCUUCAUUUGAAUUAACACUCCCAUGUGAGACUAACUGGGUGGAAGCACAGUCCAUUGCCGGUCUUCAGAAAGUUCUUAUUGCCACAGCUACCCAGUACAAGAAACUACCCUAAUGUCAGAUCUUAAAAGGAUGGAGACCUUUGGUUGUAUGAGACAGUGUUACAAUAUUCCAGCUUCAUGUGUUCCCCAGCCUGCCUAAUCCAUUUCCAUCUCUGACUGGCUUUCAACCUCCAGGAUCCAAAGGGAACCCAAGGUUCUGCCUAUGUCUGUUGACAUGAGAAGAAUUCAACCUUCUUUGCCCAGGGUUCUCCCUGCCUAUUC